GUGGAGAAGCGCCCGGCUGCUGUGAGCUGCCGGGCCGGCUGGGGGCGUUGUUGGACGGGUAGCUCCGUCCUGAAUCUCCAGCCUGACACAGUUAUAUUAUAUCAACCUGGACCGCUGUAAUCUGGUUUGAAGAGAAAGAAGGUCAAUCAUCUUUCCUCUGACCAUCAUCUCAGGGAUAACAGCCACUGCUGUCCCCUUCCUCUUCUGCUGCCUCUUGGAUUUUUAGAGUGAACACACCACUUAUGUCAGAAGAGAAGAUGGAGACAUCAGCGAACGUGUCCAAUGGAGCCAAGCCUGCGUACGAGGAAAAAGAAGCAGCCCUCAGCCCUGAGGAUCUGUCUGAGAUGCUGGCAGCAGGGACAAGGGAGGUCCAUGAAAAGGCUGAAAACACCCAGUUUGUGAAAGAUUUCCUCAGAGGACGCAUCCGCAAAGAACUCUUCAAGCUUGGUGCUGUGGCACUCUACUAUACGUACACAGCCAUGGAGGAAGAGAUUGAAAGAAACAAAGACCACCCGCACUUUGCCCCUUUAUAUUUCCCAGCAGAGCUGCACCGCCACGAGGCCCUAGCCUCUGACCUUCAGUACUUUUACGGCCCCGAUUGGCAGAGCCAGAUCAGCUGCUCCGAGGCCACCCAACGCUAUGUGGACCGUAUUCAUCAAGUAGGGCAGGAGGACCCCGUCCUGCUGGUGGCCCACGCCUACACCCGCUACAUGGGGGACCUGUCUGGGGGCCAGGUGCUGAAGAAGGUGGCGCAGAGAGCCAUGAAGCUGCCGCCCACAGGGGAGGGCCUGGAAUUCUAUCAGUUCGAUGCCAUCCACAGUGCCAAAGCGUUCAAGCAGCUGUACCGUAGUCGCAUGAACGAGCUGGAACUGGACGAGGAGGUAAAGAAGAGGCUGGUUGGCGAGGCUGUGAAGGCCUUCCAGUUCAAUAUGGAGGUGUUCGAGGAGUUGGAAGAGAUCGGUAAAACCAUCCAGGAGGAUGUUUUAGAUGCUGGCAUGCCCGUCCAUGGAGCAACGGGUGGAGACAUCAACAAGUGUCCCUACUAUGCUGCUAAAAUGGCGGCAUCAGGUGGAACGGCAUACGCCUGUCAGCUUGCCAUGGCUGUACUGAGACACCCAACCGGACAGGUCCUGUUUGCUACUUGGUUUGCUGCUCUGGCCGGAUUGGCUGCUUGGUAUCUGAUGUGAUCCAGCCGUCACCCUGACUCACUCUGCUGCUGUGAGAGAGAGAAAAUGGGGACAAACGUAGAAGAAGGACAGUAAGGAGACAUGAAAAUUCCCUCAAACUGUGGACCAUGUCAUAGUUUCAUACAAACAUAAUCAACGACUCGAAGUUAAUGUUACAUGUUUGCUAAUAAGGUUAGCUGACAGGAAAUGAAGCUUGAAUCUGUUUCUUAUCAAUUCAGUUCAGAUAAAAUUAUCUAUAGGACCAUUAACUCCAUCCAUUCAUCAAGUUAUACUUUUACCUUUAAUUUCACUACCUCCUUCACACCAUCCCUCCAUGCUGUGUUCAUGUUCCAGUGUUUUGGUAGUAUUCCAACACGUUUAGUCAUAGAAGCACACACGAUGAAACUGCCGGAUUGACAGAGUGUGUAAAAGUGGGCGUAUAGUUUUUCUGGUCAUUUUUAGUUUGUAAAUUUUACAGCCUGCCAUACGGUCACACCUGCAUUGCUGCGUGUGCAAAGACGCUGCUCAAAAACAAAAAAACAAAAAAUGCAUGUCCUCUCCGGUCAUGUCUCUCACGUUUUCUGUGGGCAACCUUCUAAAAUAGUUGAUAAUUAGUUGCUAGUAAUGAUGACUAAUUGAAAAUGAAUUUCCAUGCACACUGCUUAUGUUAUGCAUGAGAAUAAUAGCACAGUAGUUUUUUUUAUGGGCAGACUGCUGUUGAUUUUUAAUUAGGUGUUUUUGGCAUUAAAAGAUCAUUUGACCACAGGCAUGAAGAUAAUAAUGCAAAGAGCAGUUUAUUUGCAAACUGUAAACUUGGAAAAUGUCUCCAUAUACAUUUUUUAUUUUUUAUUUUAUUUUAACUCCACGCGUUGAUGCAGUUCCACUCAUGAUGUGAAAACACAGUGCAGCGCACUGCUGUCAUGCAUAUCGCGUUUCAUGAUUCAAACAUCUCCUCAAGUGUUUCCAAAAACUUUGUACACGAGUACUGUGAGACAGGUGAUAGUAUUUGUUUGUUUUUUUCAAAAUAUAGCACACCAACACUUUGACAAGUGUAUGAUUAAUAAAUAGCGUUCAGAUACUAGUGAAUAUGGUGCAUAUACCAGUAAUCUGAAUCUCUACCGAUGCAUGUUCAAAUGUACUUCUCUGUUUCUGAAUGAUGCGAUAGGGCAUCUCGUAUUACUGAAAAAACUGCCUGUUGUCGAUUUAAAUGCAUCGCUCAACUGACAGACUGACUGACUCAUUGAUUCAAUGCCACGGGAGCCUAUACUAUAACAAAGGUAUUAACAGAGAUGCUAUAAUAUUAACGGUUUGUCUACAUGAUAGCUAAAUAAGUUUUUAUUGUGAGCUACUUCAGGUUAGGUAUUUAAAGGUUGGUCCAUCAGCAGCUCAGCUCUUGUUUGUGUAUCCAUUUAUUAUGGAUAUACCAGCAUCACUAAUACUGUAAUCAUUAUUCUUAUGCUGUUGAUACUGUAUGUUGGGAAAAAAAUGUUUUUCAACAUAGCAAAGGAUGAAUAUUUUGUUCUGUGUGUACUGUAUGCAGUGCAAUUGCACUUUGAAGAUUCAUAUUUAUCCUGACAAUAAUUAUAAUAAUUCCAAUUAUUUCCUUUCCUUUGCUUGGAUUUGUUGGACACAGUAUACCAAAGGAAACAUGCUCUGUUAAUGGCAGGUUUUCAACAUUUCAGCCAGGUUCCUGUGCUGUUUAUAUUUGCACAACACAUAAAUGGAUGUACAGUAUUCCUUCAUUAGCAAGACCCAUCUGGCUGUAGUGCAGCUGUUUGACCACAGACAUGACAACCCAAGGAUGAUGUUUUUUUUUGUAUUUGAGAGCCUCAGGUUCAUGUCACAGUAGGAUGGGUGACUGCCCAGAUACAGGCCUGCGGUUAAAUGUUGUUUCAUUUUUAUGCUACUGUGAUGUGUCAAAAUGCUAACGUAAUUUUGGAUAUACUGAAGGGAUUUUUACUUGAAUCUCAGGAGUUCAGAUAGUUCUGGUCAUCAAUUAAACCAUAGAUUAAAGUGAGUGGGAUGCACGACUAACUCGUGUUGAUUUUGAAUUCUCAUUAACUCUGCUCUUUGUGUAUCUAACAGGACAAAGCUUUAUUAGCAACUGGUCUAGAAUACUUAUUGUAUGAGAGUGAAAAUCCAGGAGUAUGUUGUGCUGUCUGCAAUGAAAUAAAUUGUUUUCCUGCUCAUGCUGAAAUAAAGCUGAUUCAUAUGGA